AUGCGGCGGCUCCUCAAGGUGUAUUUCGUCAUGUCUGUUGCGAUUUUGGGAACCUUGUGGCUGCACCCGACCAGGCACCCCAACCCGUCCCCAUCCAACGACGACGGUGAUGCUGUCCGACGGGGAGGAAAACCGGUCCGUCGGGAAGGAGCAUCGGUCCGUCGGGGAGGUGCUGAGUGGGAGGCAGAGCAGGAGAAAAGACGCAAUUCUGUGAGGUCGGGCUGCAGGGGCACGAACCCGGCCUCGGAGCUGAGGCAGGUCCUAAUCUCUGAGCCCAGGCUGACCCGACUCUUGGUUGAUGACCGCCACCGGGCUAUGUACUGCUUCAUCCCCAAGGUGGCGUGUACCAACUGGAAAUUGGUGUGGCUGAAGCUGACAGGACGGUACAGUACCUUCGCCCGGAAGGACAACACCACACCUGACAUCCACGUCUUCGUCGAGAAGGACGUCUCGGAGGAGCCCCGCAAGUUAUCAUUGUUAAAACGGAAGCUGGAGGUGUAUUCGAAGUUCCUGGUGGUGCGACACCCGUACGAGCGGCUCCUGUCUGCCUUCAGGGACAAGGUCGCCACGACCCUAGACACAAAGUUCCAGCGGAAGGUUCUGAGCCAUGUCCAAAGACAGCGGCCCCAAGCCACGCACGGGGACAUACAGUGGCCAGAGUUCGUCUCCUACGUCGUUGACGGCGGUCACAAGGAGGACGAACACUGGGCCACCUACACCAGGCUGUGUCAUCCUUGCGCCAUCCGAUACAACUUCAUUGCCAAGUAUGAGACGCUGGUGGAGGAUUCUGAAGAGAUCCUGCGGAGGAUAGGCGCCCCCAAAGAGCUCCACUUUCCACAGUUCGAGUCCUCUGACACCGCUGAUCUUCUAGAGUCCUACAUGAGGAAUCUCACACAGGAACAGAUUCAAGGCUUGGGCAGAGUCUACAAGGAGGAUUUCGAUCUCUUCCAGUACAGUUAUUCACCACAGUAAAUCCUUUAUGUGACUGCCUUAGAAGCUUUGAAACUUACAUCAUAUUCUUUUCACACGUAUUUAUAAUAGUUUAUAUUUAUAUCAUUCAAAUUUACUCUCACUGUUUUCAUAAAUCACUGCACUGCGCAACGCGCCUGUAGGCGCUCAAUGGGUGGUGCGCAACGUGCCUCAGGGAUCUUAUAGGUAUAGCGUACCAUUCAAAACUGGCAUGUGUCACGCGAGUACAAAAUGGAUGCCUGAAGGCCCAACAGGUGCUUCAAUGAUGAAUUUUGUUCGAACCACAACGCUGUAAAUGUUUCACCCACAUACUACAAAUGCAAAUAAAUACCAACUGAACCUAAACACCUAACCUAACCUAACCUAACCAAACCAAACCAGUGCCUAUGGAAUUUCCUGUCUGUCUUA